AUGGACACAGCACUCAUGGUGUCCAUCUCUCUGCUUGGACUGGCUCUCGUCCUGCUCUCUCUCCCUGAACACGCUUCACUGAGCAGAGAAUUUGCCAACACAUCAGCCUUUCUAACGGCAUCCUUGUGUUUUGGGGUUUUUUUUUCAGGAACUGUGUUUUUGGGAUCUGUGUUUGUGAAGGAGGCUCUUCAGAGAGCGAUUGAGUUGACUGAUGCUGCUUACGCUCGCACAAGUGAAAGGGUGAAGAAGUCGCUGUCUGAAGGCGCCCUGAGACCAAGUGACCUGCUGGCUCAGUUUAAACAGAUCGAAGCCAAGACCAGGACUCAGGUCUGGGCUGCAGAGCUGCUGGACAACACAGUGGAGCUGAUCAGAGAGAUGGUGUACACUCACACUAUGGAGCAGCCCAACCCUGCUGAGCUGCUGAGUGAAGCAGACAUGGAGAACCUGCUGCAGGUGACCGGCUGCUCCGCUGAGCUGCAGAGACCCAGCUGUCGCUCUGACUGUCUGUCUGAGCGCUACAGGUCCUUCACAGGAGAGUGCAACAACAGAAAACAUCCCAGAUGGGGAGCUGCAAACAUCCCGUAUUCCCGCUGGCUGCCUCCGGAGUACGAGGACUCGUGGGGGACGCCCAGAGGCUGGGACCCGGAGCACACCUACCAUAAUGCCACUCUGCCUCCGGUGCGGCUGGUGUCUCAGGAGGUGCUGUUCACUCGCAACGACAACAUCUCUCUGGACUCCACUCUGUCCCACCUGCUGGUGGAGUGGGGUCAGUGGAUAGACCAUGACGUGGUGCAGACGCCUCAGAGCCCCAGUACAGCCGCCUUCAGGACGGGAGCUGACUGCACCCACACCUGCAGCCGGGACACGCCCUGCUUCCCCAUACAGAUCCCUUUGUCAGAUCCUCGUAACGGCAUCCAGAGCUGCAUGCCUUUCUUCCGCUCUGCUCCCAGCUGUGUCGCUGGCGUCCUGUCUCACCGCCGCCGUGAGCAGCUCAACGCCAUCACCUCCUUUGUGGAUGCCAGCAUGGUGUACGGCAGCUCCACCAGUCUGGCCUCGGCUCUGAGAAACCUCUCCUCUCCACUGGGCUCAAUGGCCAUCAACUCCCAGCACUCGGACCAGGAGCUGGCCCACAUGCCGUUCCUGCCCCGCCUGCAGGCUCACCUGGACCCCUGUGGCCCUCGAAACUCCACCACCUCGAGGGCGUCAGACAGAUCCAAGCGCCAGGAGAACACCACAUCCUGCUUUCAAGCUGGUGAUUCCAGAGCCAAUGAACAUCUGGGAAUGAUCGCACUGCACACGCUUUUCCUGAGAGAGCACAACCGGCUGGUCAAAGAGCUGCAGCGGCUCAACCCCCACUGGAGCCCUGACACCUUGUAUCAGGAGGCGCGCAAGAUCAUGGGAGCCAUUCAUCAGAUCCUAACGUGGGAACACUACCUGCCGCGGGUCAUCGGUGAGGGCGCCAUGUCUCGUCUGAUGCCGCCCUACAAGGGCUACGACCCUGAGCAGGAUUCCACCAUCGCUAACGUCUUCGCUACAGCUGCCUUUCGUUUUGCCCACGUCACCGUGCAGCCAGUGGUGAGCAGGCUGGGGCCAGGGUACACCGCCAACUCACAGCAUCCCCCGCUGCCUCUGCAUCAUUCACUGUUUGCCUCCUGGAGGGUUGUGCAGGAAGGUGGUAUAGACCCAGUGCUGCGGGGUCUGUUGCUGUCUCCAGCCAAGCUGCAGACUCCAGGUCAGAUGAUGGUGGAGGAGCUGAGAGAAAGGCUGUUUCAGGCACAGGGAGGGAUGCCUCUGGACCUCGGGGCCCUCAACCUCCAGAGGGGCCGGGAUCACGGCCUGCCAGGAUAUGGCUCAUGGAGAAGGUUCUGCAGCCUCUCUGUUCCCAACACGACAUCAGAGCUGGCCGAGAUUCUGAGCAACUUCACUUUAGCUCACAAAUUCCAGCUCCUGUACGGGACGCCGCACAACAUCGACGUGUGGGUGGGGGCCAUCUCUGAGCCCGCUCUGCCCGGAGGUCGAGUCGGACCACUCCUGUCCUGCCUGCUGGCGAGACAGUUCAGAGCACUGAGAGACGGGGACAGGUUCUGGUGGGAAAGAGAAAGUGUUUUCACCGGCCCGCAGAGGAGACACCUCCACGGCGUCUCUCUGUCCCGCAUCAUUUGUGACAACAGCCACAUCACUCAUGUCCCUGCAAACCCGUUCUCACGCACCGAGAGACCAGAGGAUAUGCUGGCCUGUUCACACCCGCUCAUCCCCCACCUGGACCUCAGCCCAUGGAAAGAACCGGACACGGAUCCCAGCUGUGGUCCGAUACCCAGGAUUCAAUCGGGCUACUCUCUGCUGUGCAACUCUGUGAUUCUAUAUCAGUGUCACUCUGGAUUCAAGCUGCUGGGAUCUUCAUCUGUCAGGUGUGAUCCAGACAGCCAACAGUGGAGCCCCAAACCCCCAACAUGUCAAGAUAUCAAUGAAUGUGAAGACCAAACUUCUCCCUGCCCACAAAACCUGGAGUGUCUCAACACACCUGGUUCAUUUAUUUGCUCAGAACCGUCCUCGCUGUCCGCCAUCUCUGUCGUCACUGCGGUGAUAGUGGUGAUUGGUGGUGUGGCGGCGCUGCUGCUGCUGCUGCUCUGUUACCGCAGAUAUUUUCCAAAGAAAGAAGAGUUGGGGAAUGCUGCAUGUUGCCAAGCGAAAAGUUAAGAGUUUGGUCAGUUUUUGUUCUGAUAUUCCUGUAUGUCAUGUGAACAGUAUCUGACUAUCCUCAAUAUAUUUGCAACCUAAAAUAAUCAUCUGUGAACUUUCUUCACCUGUUUUUAUUUUGUUUUGUUUAUUUAUGUUGAUGCCAUAUCACACUACAGCUGAACAAAUCAUUAUUACCCCUGUGGUUAGUGUGCUUAUAUCGUACGAUGUUCUCUGACUACACAUUAUGUUACUGACCAGUCUCCCUCAUUAAAUACAAGUCAAAGAUGAGGUCAUGAAAAACAAAAUAACAAGCUUGCAUAAGUCCUUUCAAUCCGGAAACUAAAAUCUUACUGGAAUGUCAGCUCCAAAAACAGAUUUUCAUACCAUAAAAAUCCCUCUGAGCGGGAUCUGGUCUCAAUAUCCCUGUGACUGAUUCCUGCACACAAACCUGUUAGGCAGCUCUGUGUGUGUCAUUGUAUCGAGGGGCACCAGGCUGUUCCAGGCAGCGAUCUUAUAAUCUAAAGCCAAAUCAGUGUCGUGCUCUGAGAGAAAUAGGUCUCUGUGUCAUCCGGUUGUACUGGUUGUAGAAUGAAUCACGGCGAUGAGUCAUCGUUCCCAAUCUUCAGUUUAAAAUGUACAUAAGACCAAAAAAACAGCAUCAAAGUCAGACCAGCUAAUCCAUUUAUCUGCUGCCAGAUAAAACACACACAGUACAAAGGAGAUUUAAUCAGGCUACAAUGGUGGUCUUUAAUGGCGUGUUUACACUGGAAGACACAGUUGAUUAUCAGUACACUGAGGUUAGAAACCUCGAAGCCCUAAAGAAGGCUAAGAAGCAGUUAUUGCACUUUCUGACACAAUAUUCUUCAUUUUUACCUUCAACAGAAGCUUUCUGUAAAAAAUGGCCAUUAUGAAUAUUAAAUCUACACUAUGAGGUACAAUCAGUAUACAUUGCAUAAUAUGGCUAUGUACUGCAUUCAUGCAAAGUCAUUUAUGGCUUUUUCUGUACGUACAGACGUUCAUUGCAGACGUGCAAAACUACAGUUGUGCAUAUUGUGAUCACCUGUAUUAAAGCUUUUUUAUUCUCGAACUAUAUUGUGAAUCUGUUGCUAUGUGAGCUCGGUUGUGUCAACACUAACUUGUGAUUAAUGUAUCUGGUCAUUAAAGCAACAAUGUAUUACCUCCUGAAGAAAGACAGUUAGUUGAUCGCUGAGUCUCAUCUCCAGGUCAUCAAACACGAAUCAGUGUUCAAAGUGUCUGUAUUUGUUGAUUUGAAGAUGGGACUCAUCAAUUAGCCAUCUUUCUCCAGGAAGUUACAUUCUAAGGGCUUUUCCACUGCCACUUUUGACGGUGCCGAGUCAAACCGAGCCGAGUCUCUGAGUGUUCAGCUCCCAGUAAUUUUGUAGCUUCUUACUGAAUCUCUGUGGAUGAAAUUUAAAUUCUGUUCAGUAUUUCACUGUUUAAUAAAGUCAAGUUAAAUUAC